CUGGAACUUCCGCGUCAGCACUUAUUGGUUUUCGUGGCACCUUGUUUCGUUGAGAUAUGCAUAAUCUUCACCGGUUUCUGCAAAGGCUAGCACCGCUUAUACGACGGGAUGUCUUGUCGAACCACAUUGCAGAAGGUACAUUCAGGCAAUACUAAGUGCAGCCUGCGAAUCGGAAAGUACGACCUGCAGCCUUCCAUAUAACUCUUUCCUAGCUCACAUCUACUCGUCCCUUCUCCCCAGCUGGUGUCGUGUCCGGAAUUAUCAAAAAAUUACUCUCUGCCUGAUAUAAACGUACAGCCUUCCCUGAUAAUCGUAACAGCCACAUACACAGUAUCAAUCCACCACAAUCAUGCCUCCAGUCAUCUUUAUAUCAACUCAAGAGGAGCUCUCUUCCGUGCUAGCAACGCUCGACGACCUACCAAUAUCCCCACCAAGUCUUUACAUCGAUCUGGAAGGCGCAAAGCUCAGUCGGAAUGGUUCGAUCGCUCUACUAACACUGUACGUACUACCCAAGGAGACGGUGUAUCUCAUCGACAUCCAUACUUUGGGUGCUCGCGCAUUCUCAACAACUACCACCGCAACAACAGCAAGCGCGACUACGCCUCUUGCUACUACCCUCAAUACAGAAGACUCCAAAAAUCCUGUCACGACCCUGAAGUCUAUCUUGGAGUCACCAGCAAUCCCAAAAGUCUUCUUCGACGUACGCAAUGACUCCGACGCCCUCUUCUCCCACUACGCCAUCUCCCUCUCCUGCAUCCACGACAUCCAACUCAUGGAGCUAGCAACCACUACACGCGCUUCCCGUGAACACCUUCUGGGCUUGGGCAAAGCGAUCGACUAUAACGCCUCACGUCUGAACAUAACACCGGAGCAGAGGCAAGUCUGCAGCGCUAUCAAAGAGGCCGGUGUCAAGCUCUUCGCUCCGGAACGAGGUGGCAGAUAUGCAGUCUUUGAGGAGAGACCCCUGAGCCAAGCGAUCAAGGAUUACUGUGUGCAGGAUGUAGUUUAUAUGCCAGGGCUAUGGAAGCUGUAUGGUGGCAGAAUCGCAAAAGGCGACUUUUGGUGGACUAUGGUUCUGGAGGGUGCAGCAAGCAGGGUGGAGGAGAGUCACCAAGUGGGAUAUCAACCAAAUGGAGAGCACAAGAGGUACGGGCCCUGGACUACUAAGCAUAUCAAAGAGGCGAUGCGGCGCUGGAAUGCUGGGCAGCGGAGCAAUUUGUGUAGAUAAGUGGG